AUGCAUUUUCCCACAGCAGCUCUUCUACUGCUGUCCCUUGCUACCAGAGUAUUCGGCGAUAUGCACGAGUGGGCAUUCUGCGUCCGGGACAGAAAAGAGGCGCCCAUUGGCGGAACCCCAUUCAGCCCCAGCUACAGCUGGUCCAAGGACUACGAGGUCGACACCACCGCGACUCAGUGCGCCUGCACAAUGUACAAGAAUCGCAACACCGGCAGCAACUGGUGGGACACCUGCCCCGACUGUGUCUAUGACGAGACGCAGCUGGGAUGCCACUCUGCAGCUGUUCAUAUCGGCGGUGACGAGAUGACGUAUUACUGCGAGAAGAAGUGUGGUGCGGAGGGGUCGGAGGCUGAUUGA